AUGGGCGUGGAAAGGCGCGGCAACGCGUCCAAAUUCAUGGGAGUGUCACUCCGCAGUCUGUCUUUGGGCACAUUGACAGUCCAAUUUUCCACCUUCAUUUUACUCCUCCAUUAUUCCCGGGUUAUGCCUACUAUCGACGGACAUCGCUAUCUUCCUUCGACGGCCGUCUUUCUCGUUGAAGCCUUGAAACUGGCUGUAUGCCUGACGAUAUCGCUCUACGAAGUCUCCCUCUCCGUCCCCCGAUCAAUGCCAGCAACCUCGCUCCUCGGGACACUAGGUAGCGCCGUUUUCACCGGCGACAGUUGGAAAAUGGCCUUUCCGGCCGGGCUUUACACGCUGGCGAACAGCCUGCAAUACGUUGCAAUAUCUAAUCUGGACGCCGCGACCUUCCAUGUCACGUACCAAUUCAAGAUCUUUGUGACCGCCGUGUUCAGCGUCUUGCUUCUGCAGAGGACGAUUUCGGGAAGACAGUGGCUGUCCUUGAUCCUGCUUAUGCUGGGAGUUGCAAUUGUCUCCCUUCCUCACGGCUCGUCAGGGUCGUUGGCCUCAAGCCACCAUACGAGGAUCUACCUUCCACGGUCGUCCAAUCCUUUGCGAGAGCACUUUCGGAUGGCAGAACCUGGUUCCCACCUCAAAAAGAGAUCAGCAACGUACGAGGGCAUAGAAGAAGACGAGCUCGCCUUGGACACUCCCGGGAUGGAUGCCUCUGUCGGACUGUUUGCGGUUCUCGGUGUUUGCAUAUGUUCAGGGCUUGCCGGAGUGUACUUUGAAAAGGUCAUCAAGGAAUCGCCCAAAAACACAUCGCUCUGGAUCCGAAAUGUGCAACUGUCGAUAUAUUCCCUUUUUCCGGCCUUCUUUAUCGGAAUCGUUUUCCUUGAUGGCGAAACAGUGGCAAAAUAUGGCUUUUUCGCGGGUUACAACUGGGUGGUGGCUGCAUCAAUUGUCAUUCAAUCCUUUGGCGGCAUCGUUGCGGCGUUCUGCAUCUUUUAUGCCGACAAUAUCUCAAAGAACUUUGCUGUUAGCAUCAGCAUGGUCCUUAGCAGCCUGGCGAGCUUCAUGUUCUUUGAUUUCGCCAUGACCGGACAUUUCUUGAUCGGAGCCUCGAUAGUACUCAUUGCUACCUGGGUCUAUAAUACCGAAGAGGCCCGGCUACCUCAAAGCCCCGCGGUUGUAGUCAAUGGGCAUGAGAAAAUGUCGCUCAAUGGUACUGCGGCAUUAAACGAUAUGUCUAUUCAGAUCCCCAAAACCCCUUUGAUUCAAGAAGAAACAGCCCUGGCGACUUCAAGACCGGGCUCACCAAGCCACAAAAAGAGGAAUAAAGAACCUCUGGGCUAUUUUGCGAAGCAUCGUGACUGA